CUGCCCAAGUGAUCGCCAGCUAACCCCACACCCGCCGUUCAGCCGCAGUACCUUCGUCCAGGCUACACACCGCACCGCCGCACCACCACACACCGCAACCAUGGGCUUCCUCAGCAAGAAGAAGGACGACGGCGCCGACACAGACCGCAAGGCCCUCUUUGGCAGUCGCAAGAGCGAAAAGGCGCCCGCACAGAGCAACCCUUACGCCGCCGCACCCGGCCAGGACCCCUACGCACAGCCGCCGCCGCAGUAUUCGAGCUCCAACGACGGGUACCGCCAGGAGAAGACAGCCGCCGUGACCGGCCCCGGCCAGCAGUACGGAGGCGGCCCCCGAGGCGGUGGCGGCGGCGGAUAUGGCGCCCAGGGAGGCAGCUACGGCGCCCAGGGUGGCUACGGCAACGACCGCUACGGUGGCUCGCCUGCGCCGCAACAGAGCGCCCGCGGGCCCGGUGGUUACGGCGGGCUCGGACGCACCAGCUCCACCGACACAGACGCGAACAGGAACGACCUCUUCGGCAACGCCGCCCAGCGCCAGCAGCAGCAGCCGCAGCAGCAGCCCGGCGGCUACGGCUCCCAGUCCGGAGGCUACGGCCAGGCCACACCGGGUGGCUACGGUGCCAGCUCUGGCGGCUAUGGCGCGUACGGCGACCGCGAGCUAACGGCCGAGGAGCAGGAGGAGGAGGAUAUCAGCGCCACCAAGCAGGAGAUCAAGUUCAUGAAGCAGCAGGACGUCAGCAGCACCCGCAACGCCCUGCGCCUGGCCCAGCAGGCCGAGGAGACGGGCCGCGACACGCUUGCUCGCCUCGGCGCACAGGGCGAGCGCAUCCACAACACCGAGCGCAACCUCGACCUCGCGUCCACUCAGAACCGUAUUGCGGAGGAGAAGGCCCGCGAGCUGAAGACCCUCAACAAGUCCAUGUUCGCCAUGCACGUCUCCAACCCCUUCACCGCCUCGUCGCGCCGCGAGGCCCGUGACGCCAAGAUCAUGGACAACCACCACCGCGACCGCGAAGCCCGAGACGCCACCCGCAAGGCUGCCUGGGAGUCCUCGGCGCGCCAGGACGACCAGAACCGCACGAUGCAGGGCAUGUCGGGCGCCGGCAAGAAGGCCUCGCUCGCCGACCGCGCAAAGUUCCAGUUCGAGGCAGACAGCGACGACGACGAGAUGGAGAACGAGAUCGACGCUAACCUCGACGCCCUGCACGGCGCCGCCAAGCGGCUGAACCAGCUCGGUCGCGCUAUGGGCGAGGAGACAGACAACCAGAACAAGCACAUUGAGCGUAUCAACCUCAAGACGGAUAAGGUGGAUGACCAGAUCGCCAUGAACAGGGCGCGUCUUGACAGGAUCAAGUGAGUGGACAGUAGAAACAUUUGUAUAUAUGCACGCUAGGGAGUACUGGGUGUCUAUGUUUGGAUAUUUGCUGCAUGUCACGGCCGUAGAGUAUCAAGAAUAGCUCUAAGCCUCUUGUGGUG